UGUGCUUAAGAUUAAGGCCUCUCUGCCCUUGUAAUUGCUUCUGCUUUUACUCCCUCCUCUCUCUCCUCCCACUCCACACACACCUUCCACUGAACCUAACUUUCAUUCAAAGCUCCACUCCACACGCUCAAAACCCAUCGUUUCACACAUAAAAAUUAUUUUUCCUUUCCUUCUAUUUUCUUUUUCAGAUGAUCGAUCAGGCAGAAUUGUUGCUUAUAUGAGUUGAGUUGAACGUAUAUUGAUAAUUUACUGCAGCCAAAAGAUCCAUCUAGGUAGGGAAGAAUUACUGCUGGUUUGAGCAACAGGUAAACACCAUUGAUGGGCUUUGGAGUUGUGGCUUUGUUUUAAUUUUAUGGACUGAGUGAAUCACUGCAUCAAGUUGGUAUUACACACUUGGAGCUUCUUGUCAGCUUUUCCUUCUGUUAUUCUAAUUUCGGGGUUCCGAUUUGAGAGCUUGUAUUUGUUUGAGAUAUCACUUUUUUUUUUUUUUUGAUAAUUGAAACAGCACUCGAAACUGGGUUGAGAAUAAGAAUUCAUGCUGUUCAUUGAAAAAUUAGAGAGAGAAAAGGAAAAAUAAAAAUGAAGGAAUUUUUUUAAUGUAAUAAGAGCCCCCGAGUCCUAUAUAUCUUGUAUGUUUGGAUUUCAAACUUAAGGUAUUCAGUUGAAUUGGUCAAGAGAUGAUAUGGCUGUUCUUGAGUCUUAGCUUGACGACUAGCUAGUUCCUAGUUGUAAGGGUAGAGAACAAUAAGAGGAUUGGAACUUAUUAGAAAUAGUUUUUAAGCUCUAAAUAGCAUUUAUUCGAUCGGUGACAUAUAUAGAAAGAGAAGACCAGAUCGAAGGCACCGGUAAAAGCUGGCAAGUAAGUGGUGGGAGAGAAUAGAUGUGGCGAUGGAGGGAUUGGAACCAGGCCCAGGUUCUGGCUAUGUCCACCAUCUACUCCGACCCGAUAUGCACACACAAAGAACAUCGCAGUCUCAACAACAGACAAGCCAAAUAUCGGUUUUGAAGCACUCACCAGAGAAGGAUCAAAAAGCCGACCCAAGCGCAGCCACAACAAGUUCUGGUGCAGCAGCCAUUCCCACCCGUCGGCCUCGGGGCCGACCUCCGGGCUCCAAAAAUAAGCCGAAGCCACCGAUUAUCGUCACACGUGACAGCCCCAGCGCACUCCGGUCACAUGUACUUGAAGUCUCGACCGGCGCUGAUGUGGUCGAGUGUCUAUCAGAUUACGCAAGGCGGCGGGGUCGAGGUGUUUGCAUCCUUAGCGGCGGAGGAGCAGUCGCCAAUGUGACGUUGCGUCAGCCUGCAGCGCCACCAGGGAGUGUAGUGACGAUGCACGGUCGAUUCGAGAUACUUUCGCUGUCGGGAACAGUGCUUCCACCGCCGGCAGAACCUGGAGCCGGUGGAUUGACAAUAUUUUUAGCAGGAGGGCAGGGACAGGUAGUUGGGGGCAGCGUUGUGGGGUCUUUGAUCGCUUCAGGUCCAGUGAUGCUAAUGGCUACAUCAUUCGCAAAUGCCAUGUUUGAAAGAUUACCCUUGGGGGAAGAGGAGUCACCGGUGCAGGUCAAGCCUACAGCAUCGCAAUCAUCCGGUGUUACAACUGGCGGCGGCCCUGCUCCUGCAGGUGGUGGUGGUGGUUCGUUUUAUAAUUUGGGAGUGAACAUGGUGAAUUAUCAGUUUCCAGGAGAUGGUUUUGGUUGGAGUAGUGGUAAUGCUUCAAGGCGUACAUUAUAGUAGUGGUGAUGAUUCUGACAUGGUUAGAUAUUUCAAGUCUCGAUCGUUUUCUGGAUGGCAGGACGGCAGAAAGAGAUGAAGCCUAUCCAGGAGCUGACAGAUAAGAUCCAGUAGUGUGAAAGAACGGGUGAAGCAAAAGAGACUUCUUAAGGUCCGUAAAUGCAAAUUCAUGUACAAUUAGUAGACAUUAGAUUCUUUUUUUUUUUUCCUUUGGGAUUUCUCCUUUUUGUUCUCCUCCUGGUUUACUGAUUUCUAUAUAUAAUUGUUUAUAUGCACACAUUCCUCGGGUCUCCUUCUAGAUUGUUCCAUCUUGUGUACCUUUUCUUCCCAUAAAAUUAAUAUGACAACAUGUUUGCAGCU